UUAAUAUGCACUAUGUCUGUUAUUCAGUGUGUGCUACUGUGCAAGUGUAAGCAGUCAAAUCAUUUUAUCUCUCAAUUUGGCGAUAAUGAGUUGAGUAUGACCGGCUUCGGAAGUUGCAGUAGUAGAUCAUAUUCUGAGAGAGUAAACAAACUUACAAAUACGGGUAGCUACUAUCAUACGACACUAUUAUAGCUGCAGGGAUCGUAUUGAAACAACGUUUGAGCGUCAAGACGAAGAAGAGGAAACAAUAGGUCGACUACAAAAAAAAAAAAACACGCACGAGUUAUGACUUGUGAAUACAAUCAUACCAUUAUAUUGUCAUUAUUGUAAUCGUCGUCGGACGGAUGUCGUUGUUCAAAGUCCGAGACUGCUGGUCGACCGUAUGCGGCCGGGGAGAGACUUUCGGGUGCGACGCUCUGGCGGUGGACGACCUGUUCGGCGCCGGCGAGGACAACGUUAUCCUGGGGAGCUUGGACGGCGUCCUCAGAGUGUAUGGUGUGCACGCCGCCCCGCCGCCCGAUUUGCGGUACUCGCCGUCCGACCUGUUGAUCGAAGCGCAGACUGACAGUCCAGUGUUGCAGGUGUGCACCGGUAAAUUAAUCAGCUGUUCGCCCAACAAGAACAUUGCAGUUCUUCAUCCGUUUUCAUUAGUCGUACAUGGAGUGAAUUGCAUAGCUGGUUCUACAGAUCAUGGCGAUCAGUACGUACUGGAAACUAUGUACGAACACAAAUUCGACCGGAGUGCAUACCAAAUGGUCGUGGGCCCUUUCGGCGGUGGAUCGGGCAGCAGGGAUUUUGCGUGCGUCAUGUCACUGGACGGCGCCGUCACGGUGUACGAGCAACAGGCGUUCGGUUUUCGCACGGCUUUGCCCAAUUACCUGCACCCGUUUCCCAUCAAGUACGUCCGAUCCGUGGACGCGUUUAUCACGCUCAACGCCGACCUGUGUUUGGUCUGUUACAAGUACCAAGAGCUGGCGGACCCGAGUCUAAAACAAAAGUGGCCUAUUUGGUCGUGCACCUUGGGCGAAACCUUAUACGACAUUCAGACUGUAGAAAUAACACCAUCUGUGACUACAAUACACGUACUGGGCGAACGAAACUACUAUUGUUUUCAAGGCAACGGCGUGCUGUGGUUUAUGAAACGGCUUCAGUAUACUCCUUGCUGUUUUCACCCUUAUAUUCUAGGCGAACACCCUGAAAAUAAGACUAUGUGCAUGAUCGUAUCCGAUACCGACAGUGUCUUGGUGUAUGAUCAGACAAAACUUCGAUGGUCGGCCAAGUUGUCCUUUCAUCCGUGUAUUAUUGCGAGAGCUUCUUUUAAAGCGUUACAAGGAUGUUUGGUUAUGUUGUCGGAAACCGGCGAUUUGAGGUUUUGUUACCUGGGAACCGAACCCAUGAUAUUUAUGACUCCCGAAAGACCGAUCAAAGAUCAUAAAGACACCAAGAACCAACUAGCUCAGUUGAAAAAGGACCUUCAAAAUAUGUCCUUGCAAGCUGAGACUGACACUUUACCACUACUGAAAUUAAAUACUCGUAUUUUAAACUUACGUUCAGAGGGUUUGGGGAAACAGUGUGACAUUGAAAUAGAAGUGUCACCAUCUCUAGCCACAGCAUCAGUGCAAAUUACUUUCCAGAUGGUCGCUCCACUUGUCGUUUCACCUGCAGUUAUACAUUUAAAAGAUUUGACCGAAAGUAUAACGGUCCGAGUGAUGGCGCACAGACAAAACGAUGACACAGAGUCUGCAGUGUCGUCGACGGAAUGCACUAUUUGCGCAUACUAUUCUGGGACAUCAGACGUACCGGGCUCAGUGCAGCAGACUGUCCGUUUACCGUUGACGUUGGCUUACGAAGUCCAUUCGACGCCGUACUUAGAUUUUAGUUGGUCGGCAAAAAUAUCCGUCGACGAGAGUCCGGUAGCACUGAAAACACUGUUCAAAGAGUUUGCCGAUUCAUCGUUAGCGGAAUUGUGUUUUCGAACAAUCACUGGUAACUCAAAGUAUGUCGGUGUUACUUCAUUACCCGCCAAUCGUUCUUACGAAAUACGAUCAUCUGGCCCCGAAUACACUAAUGUAAUUCUCGAAGAGAUUUUGUUCAGGCAUAGAGAGUAUUACAAAACUAAAAAAUGCGUCAUGCGCUGUGAUAAAAAUGAAAUCCCAGUUGCGGAUUUAUAUCGGACGAUUGAGGAGUAUGUAGCGCUCAAAAGAAGACUCAAUAUUAUACAGGAAGAAAUCGCUUCAUUAUGUUCGCAGUAUCGAAUCAUACAAAAGUGUUUGUUCAAUAAACUCAAAGAAAAUACUGUGCUUUCUGUGUCCAGUUUGAACGUAUUGAUAGACGACACACACGAAACAUUAACAGAGAAAAUGUUAGAAAUUGCACUUGUCAAACAGGGGUUAAAAGUGAAAUUUUGUCAGCUGAUGUCUUUAUCGAGGCUUUUGGUCACGAUGUUGGGUCUGUGUUCUAAAAACGAUAAAAUUCUCCUAGAGCUCAAAGAAACUGUCGUCCAUUUUACCGAUAACCAGAACUGGGAAGACAUUGUCUUUCACUCGCUGACCUAUUUGGUCGGUAACAAAAUCACGUUAAAUGUUCAAAGCGAUGAUCCAGCCCACGUGGUAAUGAGCCUAAGGACUCUAAUCGACUAUGUCAUACAACAUAUAACAUCUGUCAAGGAUGAAUUGCAGGCCAAAUCGAAGAAAGACAACACGAGAGGUGUUUCACCUAUUCUAGAAUCCGAAGAAGAUUUUUACACCAGCUAGUUGGUUGAAAAUUUAAAAAUAAAACUGAUAAACAAAUCAUACAUUGAAGAUAUAAUUUUGUAUUUCGAUGUGUUUACAUUCAUAAUUUAAUAUAAUAAUAUGUACACGUUUUUAUUGUACAUAAUUUGCUUUUCAUUUAUAAAAAAUGUGUGCGAAAUAUAUAGUUUACAAUGUCAA